UCAUGAUACUAUGUGGACGAUCGGGACGGCUCAAUUAGCAGCCGGGAGAAUAGUAUGUGACUGCACAUCAAUCAUCUAGUAUAAAUGGAUGUCCUGUCAACUAACCAGUCACUACCCCCACACCACUCAUCAGUCUUCUUCUUCCUCCUUCGCCAUUAAUUGAUCAAGAAAAACUUCAGCCAUCAGCAAUGGAGCCCAUCCCUCUCCUGACGCCGUACAAGAUGGGCCAGUUCGACCUCGCCCACAGGGUGGUUCUGGCGCCGCUGACGAGGCGGCGCUCCUAUGCCAACAUGCCGCAGCCGCACGCCGCCGUGUACUACUCCCAGCGCGCCACCGCCGGCGGCCUGCUCAUCGCAGAGGCCACAGUGGUCUCCAACACGGGACGGGGCUACACCGACACCCCAGGGAUCUGGACGGCGGAGCACGUCGAGGCGUGGAAGCCCAUUGUCGCCGCCGUGCAUGCCAAGGGCGCGCUCUUCUUCUGCCAGAUCUGGCACGUCGGCCGCGUGUCCACCUUCGAGCUGCAGCCCGGCGGCGCCGCGCCGCUGUCGAGCACGGAGAAGGGGGUCGGCCCGCAGAUGAGCUUCGACGGCCGGCUAGAGGAGUUCUCGCCACCGAGGAGGCUGACGGUGGAAGAGAUACCUGCCCUCGUUGACGACUUCAGGAAGGCCGCCAGGAACGCCAUCGACGCCGGUUUUGACGGCGUGGAGAUCCACGGUGCAAACGGAUACAUCAUUGAGCAGUUUCUCAAGGAUAGUGCCAAUGACCGCACCGACGAGUAUGGUGGCAGUCUUGAGAACCGGUGUCGCUUCGCUCUUGAGGUGGUCGAUGCUGUUGUGAAGGAGGUCGGUGGUCACCGUGUGGGAAUCCGCCUAUCACCUUUUGCCGACUACAUGGACUGCCACGACUCUGACCCCCACUCUCUUGCACUCUACAUGUCUACAAAGCUCAACGACCACGACAUCCUCUACAUCCACAUGAUCGAGCCGAGGAUGGCCAUUGUGGAUGGCCGGCGAGUGGUGCCGAAGCGGUUGCUUCCGUACAGAGAGGCGUUCAAAGGUACCUUCGUCGCCAAUGGUGGGUACGACCGUGAGGAAGGGGGCAAGGUGGUCGCCGAGGGGUACACAGACCUAGUGGCCUUUGGGAGACUAUUCCUAGCGAACCCAGACUUGCCAAAUCGAUUUGAGGUUGGUGCGGAUCUAAACAAGUAUGAUAGGAUGACCUUCUACACCCCUGACCCUGUCAUUGGCUAUACCGACUACCCCUUCCUCGAAUGAUCUAGAUGUAACUUCUUUCUUCGACAAUACAAAUAGUUGUACUGAGGGUCAUAAUUAAAUGUAUGUGUAAGUGAUGUAUUUCAUCGAACAAUAAACUUUGUAUGGUGAUUGUAGAAGCUAUUCAAGUUUUUUUAUAUAGAAGCACCACUCUAUCCUUCCCAAAA